GUAAGAACGUCACCGUUAAGGACGCCAUGAUGAAAAUAACGUUGAUGUGCAUAUUUUUCGCUCUGGUUGGUCUCCUCCACGUCACCAACAGUACCAUAUCCUGCGUGGCCACCGUCCAACAUGGCGGCAGCCUGACCGAAAGUGUAAUAGCGUCACUUCCGGACAGUACUCUGACCGUCUGCUCCAACGCCUGUUUCCAGAACAUCUCGUGCCGCUCGGCUAGUUACGACCACGGCACGGGUGCUUGCGUCCAGAGCACUGAGUCGACUCCCGAAAUUGCUGCAGGAUCUACGAUGUUGACCUUUGACGGCUGUGCAGGGUUUGAGAGCAUGUGCGCCAGUUCUCCGUGCCAAAAUGGCGGCACGUGUAUCGACGGUACAUCCGGAAGUCUGCACAACUAUACCUGCGCUUGCGCAACCGGGUUUGUCGGCGAGCACUGUGAAGUUCAACCAGUCAGCGUCACAUGCGGCGUUCAUUGGAUAAGCGCGUGUCAGGGGACGUAUGGAAACGACCCGUGCACGGUUUCCUGUCCGAGCGGAUGUAUCAAUUCUGGAAGCAUCUGGGGCACGGGAGACUACACGGGGGAUUCUGCUUUGUGCCGUUCCGCCAUUCAUGACGGCCGCAUUCCCGAGUCUGGUGGCGUCGCUACCGCAAUCGGUCUGGGGGCGCUGCAGUCGUACGUCGGGAGCACACAGAACGGAAUAACGACGUCGAGCUACGGCAGUUACGGCUCUUCUUUCCGAUUUAUUUAACAACUAACAGGAAGUUCAGACGACGACGUAUCAAAUAUGGUUUUGAAUAUCCAACGAAUUCCUACUUUCUGCCUAUUUAACUGCACACAAGACCUAUACACAAAGAUAUAUGAAAAACUGACAACCUGCAUCUGCCCAGUUAUGAACGGAAACCACUUUCAUUUAGACACCAAACAUGUAUAUGACGUCAUCCAUCGGCAUUGAUAUUACCAUUAUUAUUAAGAAUACCAUGACAACAAACUAUAGGCACGGGCUGAUCAAUAUUUUACAAUUGGGAGUGAUGGCAUACAGCGCUGUAAAAACAAGUAAAAAGGGAUGAUUUUUUCUAUAAUAGGUAUGAAUCUGUGGCAAACAAACUACAGGGUGCGUUUUUAUGAAAAAAAUACUUAUUUUGCCUCGUUUUGCUGGUAAUAUAAAAUGGUACAUGCAUAUU